AUUUAAAAUAAAUUCAUACUUGUACCCCACUUGUUUCUUCAAUAAAUUAGUACUCCACUCUAAGUAGACCCUCUUCGCGGUACUACAGUUGCAUUGCGUUACAAACUCAACCGAACCCCCCACCACCCAAAAUACAAAUACAAAUACUCUCUUCUGCCAUCUAGUAUCACUUUUCGCCCACAUCUUUCCUUUCUCGGUACUAUAAAUCUAUAUCCAUCUAUCCUUGGACCGGCAGCAUGGCUCCGCAUAACGUCCGGUGGGGCAUUAUGGCCACCGGCUGGAUAGCAAGUGUCUUCGUAGAGGACCUCUUAAAAGAUCCUAAUGCCCGGGGUGUCUCCGAUGUCUCCCAUACCAUCGUCGCAGUUGCCUCAUCGUCUUCCAAGUCCCGUGCAGAACAGUUUAUCUCUGAUACAGGCAUUCCAGCUCCCUGUGCUACAUAUGGUUCUUACAAGGACCUUGUGGCCGACCCCAAUAUAGACGUAGUAUACGUCGCAACUCCUCACUCACACCACUUCCAAAAUGUUAUGUUAGCCUUCGAGGCGGGGAAGCAUGUUCUCUGUGAGAAGGCUUUCACCGUUAAUGCAGCGCAAGCAAAACUUCUCUGUGAGACGGCCAAGGAGAAAAAUCUCUUUCUAAUGGAGGCCGUCUGGACUCGGUACUUCCCGCUCAGCGUGCAGGUUCGUGGGUUAAUCCAGGAUGGCACUAUCGGCGAGGUACUGCGCGUGCUGGCCGACAAUAGCUUUGGAGAUGAUGUGGAGGAAAAAUGGGGUAGCAAGCAUCGGAUGGUCAACAUGGAUCUAGCCGGCGGUGCGUUGCUUGACUUGGGUAUUUAUUCCUUAACCUGGGUCUUCCAGACCUUGUAUCACACACUUCCCCGCGAAUUGCGCAAGCCUCCCUCGCAGAUCUCCUCGCACAUGUCCCUUUACCACCUCACUGGUGCUGACGAAGCAACCUCCAUCCUCCUCACCUUCCCCACCAGCUCACCGACCAACCUACCUCACCCAGGUGAAUCACAGGCUGUGGCCAUGACGCAUCUCAGGGUGUCGACCAAUGUCGACGAGAAACCUGUCCAACCCUCAGUGCGCAUCCAGGGCACCAAAGGUGAGAUCCAGGUAUUCGGUCCUGCGUUCCGGCCAGAACGCUACCGGGUUGUUCUAAAAGGCGAGAGUGAAGCCAAGGAGGUGGAGUGUCAAUUCCCUGGUGACGGAAAGGGGAUGUACUGGGAAGCGGACGAGGUCGCACGUUGCUUGCGGGAUGGUAAGCUUGAGAGUGAUGGUCUGCCAUGGGAGGAGAGUAUUGUUAUAAUGGAGGUCAUGGAUGAAGUUAGGCGUCAGGGUGGAUUGACUUAUCCUGAAAACAUUGAAUCUACUGUCUACCCUAUAUCGUUGUAAGUGGUGGAUUGCAUCGUGUGGAUAGGAACAGAACAUACACGCCUUGAUCAGAUAGGUAUAUUUAUGUAUAU